GCCAACUCCGCCCAUUUCUUUUGUUUUCUUUCUUCUUCUUCUUCCCCGGCCUUCCAACGUUUUUUGUUUGCUAUAGUUUACAAUUACAAUACUCACUCACACACGCACCAAAAAGAUUUCUGGAAAUCUGUUCGUGAAUGGUUAAUACCCCAAGGCCAAAGAAAGAAAGAAGACUACAAAACCCAAGAAAGAAGCAACGACUGCAACAACAACAAGCUAUGAAAAGCUCGCCGCUGCAGUCUAGCGACUGCUGCUUCCAUGGCCGCCAGCAAGAAACAUCGUAAGCGCAGAUGGGUGUAAUCAUCCGGAAAAUCGCCCGGGUUGGCUUCAAGUGGAGCGUCCUCGACCGCGUCUCUGUUUUCCGCCAGUUCUUCGAGUUCUUAUGGGACAGGAUUCUCUCCUGUUCGAUUGGUAAGCCGCCCGCCAAGUACCGCCGUCUGACUCGCCCCGGCGCUGCAACUUCGUUUUCUACUUCUUCUGCUUCUUCCUCUUCCGCUUCUUGCGGUGGCUCCAACGACGAUUACGGUGCUGUGACUUUCGUUGAGGCGUGCACGACGAGUGGAAGCGGCGAGUUGGAAUCUUCCAACUCGGAUUUGGUGCCGCUGAAGAUCAGCUUGUUGGGUGAUUGCCAAAUCGGGAAAACGAGCUUCGUGGUCAAGUAUGUUGGGGAUGAACAAGAGAAGGAGAGCCUGGAAAUGGCUGGAUUGAAUUUGAUGCACAAGACAUUGUUAGUUCAAGAUGCCAGGAUUUCAUUCAGCAUAUGGGAUGUUGGAGGGGAUAGCAGGUCGUUUGAUCAAGUCCCCAUUGCCUGUAAAGAUGCAGUUGCAAUACUCUUCAUGUUUGAUCUCACCAGCAGAUGCACACUCGACAGUGUUGCUGGAUGGUAUUGUGAAGCCAGGAAAUGGAACCAGACGGCUAUACCAAUCCUGAUCGGGACCAAGUUUGAUGAUUUCGUCCGGCUACCUCCAAAUGUACAGUGGACUAUAGCAACCCAGGCAAGGGCAUACGCAAGAGCGAUGAAGGCGACGCUGUUCUUCUCAAGUGCGCAGCACAACAUAAAUGUGAACAAGAUCUUCAAGUUCAUCGCAGCAAAGGUGUUUAACUUGCCAUGGACGCUGGACAGGAACCUCACCAUUGGGGAGCCCAUUAUUGACUUCUAAUCUCUUUUUCCUGUAAUGGCCGUUUACUUCUUGUUCUUUUAACUGUUCUUUCAUGCAUUGAUGGGUUUUGUAUUCUGCUGUAAAUAGUAGAGGAAAGUGAAGAAGAGGGAAAGUAGAAAGGAAAAUUGGAGAAUGAGUGGGAGUGGGAGUGGGAGUGGGAGUGGGAGUGCAGAUUGAUUGAUUUUUUCCCAAGAACGAUUGUUGCUUUCAUUUCUUCCUUGCCCCCUUUUGUUCCACCCUUCUGCUAACUUUACGACUUAUAAGAAGAGAUAAUCACAGUGAGCUUUGUGUAAACUGAGAGGAAAAAAAGACUCCAAUCUUGAAAUUUCCCCUGAUUCAAGUGACUAUUUAAGGUAGGGGUGU